AUGGGAUCCCAGUUUGCGCAGGACUUUAAUCAGGAGAUCGAGCACGCGAACGAAUGCGACCAGGAGAUCGAACACACAAACGACAACGAUCAUCCGGCGGCGUCGUUGUACCUCGCCGAGCUCGAAGAAGAAGUGCAGGACGCUGACAACCGGUGGCUUCUUCCCUCUCCAGAGAUACUGACAAUCAGCCUCACCCCUUCGCCCAUCUACUACUGCUCCCCCACUCCGUCACCGUCUAUUAGCUGGAAGGCUGAGCGAGCGCUGUCUAACGAGGCUGCAGCAAGGCCAGACAUCGCCGAAGCAACGGCAUAUCAAGCUGCGCUCGACGAGAGUGUGGACGCAGUGAAGACAGAGCACAUGGAAUGCGAGGAGUGA